AUGGUAUUUAAUAACAUAUUGAUUGUUGAAGCUCAAAAGCACAAUGGUCAUAUGAAGGCAAUUUUAACAAUUAAUGAUUUUUCAAAAGGUGGUGAUGGAGGUGGACCAUCAGAAUGUAGUGGUAAAUAUUACCAUAAUUCAGUUCCAAUAGUGGCUUUAUCAACUAGAUGGUACAAUAAAGGGAAAAGAUGUUUUGAUAAAAUUACAAUUUAUGCAAAUGGAAAGAGUACAAAAGCUAUGGUUGUUGAUGAAUGUGACACAAGUAGAGGAUGUAAAAAUAACAUUGUUGAUGCUUCUGAAGCUGUGUGGAAAAAUCUAGGUGUUCCAAAGAAGGAUUGGGGUUGGCUCGAAGUUCACUGGUCUGACUAA